UGGCCGCAGAGGCUCUCGCACUGGCCCAGCUGCCGCCCACAGCCUCCACGGUGCCGGCACUUCGAGAGGAGGCCACGCUCCACGGGGAUGCCCGGAGGAGAGACAGUGUCGGAGCCGCAGGCCGUGCACAGUGCCCUGGAGAAGCCGCCCACCACGGCGAUCCUGUGCCACACCUGCGGCAGUGUGUGCAAGGGGGAGGUGCUGCGCGUCCAGAGCAAGUACUUCCACAUCAAGUGCUUCGUCUGCAAAGCAUGUGGCUGUGACCUGGCCGAGGGCGGCUUCUUCGUGCGGCAGGGCGAGUACAUCUGCACGCGGGACUACCAGCGGCUCUACGGGACCCGCUGCUUCAGCUGCGACCAGUUCAUUGAGGGCGAGGUGGUGUCGGCGCUUGGCAAGACCUACCACCCCGACUGCUUCGUCUGUGCCGUCUGCCGGUUGCCCUUCCCCCCCGGGGACCGAGUGACCUUCAACGGGAAGGAAUGCGUGUGCCAGAAGUGCUCCCUGCCCGCGUCGGGGAGCAGCAGCGCGCACCCGUCCCAGGGCCUCUGGAGUUGCGGGGGCUGUGGCACAGAAAUCAAAAACGGCCAGUCCCUGGUGGCCUUGGACAAGCACUGGCAUUUGGGCUGUUUUAAGUGCAAGACUUGCGGGAAACAGCUGAACGCAGAGUACAUCAGCAAGGAUGGGCUGCCCUACUGCGAGGCCGACUACCACACCGAGUUUGGCAUCCGCUGUGACGGCUGUGACAAGUUCAUCACGGGGCACGUGCUGGAGGCGGGGGAGAAACACUACCACCCCUCGUGUGCACUAUGCGUCAGGUGCGGCCGGAUGUUUGCGGAGGGCGAGGAGAUGUACCUUCAAGGCUCCUCCCUCUGGCACCCGGCGUGUCGACAGGCGGCCAGAACUGAAGACAAGAACAAGAUGCAGAACCAGGGUUGCAGUCAGGGUUACCCGGGCUCCACUCCCCAUGCCUUACAGGAAACCAGAACUUCCUCAGAGAGCAUCAUUUCGGGUCCUGCUUCCAGCACCUCAGGGUCUCCGAGCCGCGCAAUUUAUGCGAAGCUGGGCGAUGAGAUUCUCGACUACAGAGACUUGGCUGCUCUUCCCAAGAGCAAGGCCAUCUACAACAUCGACCGCCCCGACAUGAUCUCCUACUCGCCCUACGUCAGCCACGCGGCAGGAGACAGGCAGAGCUGCGGCGAGGGGGAUCAGGACGACCGCUCCUACAAGCAGUGCCGGACCUCCAGCCCGAGCUCCACGGGGUCGGUCAGCCUUGGGCGUUACACCCCGACCUCACGGUCGCCCCAGCACUACAGCCGUCCAGCUGGUACUCUGAGUGUCGGUACCAGUAGCUGCCUGUCCCUGUCCCAACACCCAAGCCCUACCUCCGCGUUCAGACAUCAUUACAUCCCCUACUUCCGAGGCAGCGAAAGUGGCCGGAGCACCCCCAGCCUCUCGGUGCUCUCAGACAGCAAGCCUCCCCCCUCCACCUACCAGCAGGCUCCUCGCCACUUCCACGUCCCAGACACGGGCGUAAAAGAUAACAUCUAUAGGAAACCCCCCAUCUACAAACAGCAUGCCGCGAGGCGAUCGGAUGGCGAGGAUGGAAGUUUUGACCAGGAUAACAGGAAGCAGAAGACCAGCUGGCUGAUUCUCAAGGGGGAUGCGGACACCAGGACUAACUCUCCAGACCUAGACAGCCAGUCCUUGUCCCACAGCAGCGGGCCCGAUAGAGACCCUCUCCAAACAACACAAGGGGACAGCUUUUACUCACGAUGCCCCUAUUCCAAAUCUGACCCUCUCCCAGGACAUGGAAAGAAUGGCUUGGACCACCGGAAUGCCAAUCUGGCCCCUUGUGGAGCAGACCCGGAUGCCAGCUGGGGCACGCGAGAAUACAAGGUCUAUCCUUAUGACGCGCUCAUCGUGACAAACCGGAUCCGCGUGAAACUGCCCAAAGAUGUGGACCGGACGAGGCUGGAGAGACACUUGUCACCGGAGGAGUUCCAGGAAGUGUUUGGGAUGAGCAUGGAAGAAUUUGAGCGCCUGGCCCUCUGGAAGAGGAACGACCUCAAGAAGAAAGCCCUGUUGUUUUGACGGCCACCAAGGCUCCUGACCACGCGUGCCAGUGGCAGAGCCACGGGAAACCUGGCGAGAACCACGAAAACCCCUCCUCUUGCACCUGGCUCUGGCUUCUCUGUGUCGACGGGUGGUGGUGGGCACCUGGGGGGCUGCGCUGGGGCUGGGGCGGGAGGAGGCCCCCCAGCGGGGGCAGCCCCUGUUUCUGCCAGUGACCCCCUGCCUAGUUUAGGGCCCAGGCACCUGGCUUUGCACUGCUCCUUCCCCGCUGUUGCUUGGCAUCAGGGAGAUGCUGCAAAGUAGCCCAGGAGAUGGAGGGACGUUUACACAGCCGCAGCCCACCUUC